AUGUCCGAACAGCAAGAGUUACCGAAAGACAUUCGUAAGGUUGUUGGUCCAUAUAUUAAAAGGGCGAACGAAUUGGAGCGAUUUCAGCCUAUUAUUGCAUAUUUUGCAAAGAUGUACAGCGCUCAAAUUAUAUUAGAAGGACAGUACCACUUAAAAUCGCAGGAAGUGGCUAAUUAUACAGAGUCUUUACUGAACGAAAUUGAGAGCAGUAGGAAUGAGCUAGAAAAAACCAGUGAUCAAAUUGCAGACGUUCUUGCUGAUAAAGAAAAGAGCUUCAAAAUGGUUCUUGGUUUCAGUAAUGUGAUAUUUAACAAGGCAGAUAAGCAGGUGCAAACACACAAUUGUAGUAAACAGACGGCACUGGAUUUCAAAGCAUCGAUUGAUUUUUACAAUUUAUUGCAAUUAUGGAGUGAGCUAUUUGAAGCUGAAAGGGAGGGGAUUGAAAAGAGGAUUAAGUAUGCUAAGUUUCAAUGUGCCAGAAUUCUCAAGUCUAUGAAAAUGGAUGAAGAUCCCAAUGAGUACGUCACAGCAGAUGAUGAGGCAGAAUUGGCGAACAUGGAGAAUAAUUCUCGAAAUACGAGUACUGUGGAUUCUUCUGCCACAACUCCAGAGACCACCACUAGUCAGCUCGACCUCCUCGAUACUCCUUCUGUGAUCCGCAACGAAACGGAAAAACCUUUUGCAUCGGAGCUUACCCUUACUAAAGUUAACCUUGAAUUGCCAAAGCCUCCCGCAGAUAUUGAAGGAGAAAUCAAUCUACCUGUGGCACCUGUUCUCAUAAAAGGAGAGAAAAAUAGUCUCGGGCUACCGUCUGCCCCCAUUUAUAGGUCGCCAAAGAAUAACCUUGACCAUAAAUCAACUACCUCCAAAUCAACAAAUGAAGAUGAACUUGAAUCGCCAUCAAAACAGAAGCCGAAUGUUAAGUCAGAUGCAACUGAAAGAAAAGUCAAGCUAGCGCACCCACAUAAUACUUCUGGUCCUGCUAUUAUUUCGACCCCAGUCCAAGCCGUUCAUCCAAAGUCCAAAGAUGACGUUGAUGAAAUAUGGCAACAAGAGGAAGUGAUAUCACAUGCUCAGAAAAGGGCACGCUUUGCCAUUAGCGCACUUAAUUACGAGGACAUUUCCACCGCUAUUAGCGAGCUUGAGGCUGCACUAAAACUUCUAAGAGGUAGCUAG